AUGGGCCGAGGCCGCAACCGCAAGCCCCGCAACUUCGCCACGUUCCGCCUCUGCCCGCGCCCCGGGGCCGCCGACGCCUCCGACCGCGUCUUCGUCCGCGUCGACGAGAACCCCUACUCCGUCCCCGGGUUCGCCGACGACGAGGCCCCCUCGUCCUCCACCGCUGUCGGUGGAGACGGCGGCGAGCCCGCCCCCUCCUCCACCUCGACCGACGACGGCGGAGCCGCCCUGCCCGAGCAAGUCCGCCUCGAGAUCUUGGAGCUAGGCCUCCCCGACGACGGCUACGACUACCUCGCCCAUCUCCGCGAGCUCCGCCCCUCCCUCUCCUCCACCGGCGGCGGGGGAUCCUCGGCCGUGUUCCUCCCCAGCCGCCGCCCCGCGCGCUUCGGUCCCCGCGUGGACGUCAAGGCGUACGACUUCACUCGUACACCGCUUGGUUCCGGGGACGUUGCGGUGGUGGCGGCUAGUCGAGCUGAGGAGGCUAUUGACCUGGAUGUCGCUAGGCUGCUUGACGGGAGCCAUUCGCCGACCGUUGAGUCGGGGGAUGAGGAUUUGGAGGAGGAUUUUGUUAUCCUUGCGAAUGAGCCAGAUGAGGAGCAGGAGAACGAGGAAGAGAAUGUUGCUGGGGGCGAGGAGAAAGCUCUGCAGCUGCCUCGCGAGCAAUUUGAUUCGCUUGCUUUGGAAGAUGCUGACAGUGGAGAUGAUUGUCAUGUUCGAGAUGCAAAGCAUGAACUGUCCCAGGAGGUUACAAGCGAACUGAAAUCGACUCACAGUGAAAACUUCGAUGCUGAUAAAAAAUGCAGGGCACCAGCACCACAAUAUGUUGCUCACGGGAUACUAGAGUCAAAAGAGCAAAUUGAUGUGUCUUCUAAUGCCAUCUCCGAAUGUGCUGGAUAUGCUGAAAUAUAUGAUGUCAGUGGAGAAGAACAAGUGAUUCUUGCUUCAGAAAGUAGUGAGGGAUCUGCAGUCAUGUACUCUACUACCAUGGUUUCUGGAUCAUAUCUCGAUGUUAAAAAGAAAAUUCCGAAACUUUCCCCUGGAGAAACAAGUAUGAAAAAAGCCAUCAUCAGAAAAGGAAUAGAGAAGCUUCCUGCAGGGUAUUUACCUCAGAGGAACACUUCGAGUGAUGAAACUUUAAAACCGGGACCAUACAAGGAACCAAAAGAGGAAGGGACAGAAAGCUAG